GGCGCUGCACGGGCGCCGGUUGACUGCUCCCUGUGGGGCUUGAAGCUGGGCACGCUGGGGGCCAUGCAGAAAGCUGGGGCAAGGGGCCGAAGGGCCUCUGACUGUGGCCCUGCCCCCCACCGGCCCAGGUGCAUCACCAGGUUCGCCCAGUACGUGGGUUCCUUCUCCGUGGAUGACCUGGACACCCAGGAGAGCGUGUGGCUGGUGCAACAAGAGCUGUGGGCACUGAGGGACUGUCCACGACGCCGGGCCAUCAUCCUGAAAUUCAGCCUUCAGGGCCUCAAGAUCUACAGCGGGGAGGGUGAGGUGCUCCUGAUGGCACAUGCCCUGAGGCGAAUUCUCUACUCCACCUGGUGCCCAGCCGACUGCCAGUUUGCCUUUGUGGCCCGGAACCCCCGGAGCCCGGCCAGCAAGCUCUUCUGUCACCUUUUUGUGGGCAGCCAGCCUGGAGAGGUUCAGAUCCUGCAUCUGCUGCUCUGCCGCUCCUUCCAGCUGGCUUACCUCCUGCAGCACCCUGAGGCGCGGGCACAGCCGGAGCCCGGCCGGGGGCCCGCAGGGGAUGGGCCCCUGCAGCCACUGUCCAGCCCUGGGAGGCCCCCUGGCCUAGUGCGGGAGCCCUUCGGCCGUGACCAGCUCUCACAGAACGUUCAUGCUCUGGUCUCCUUCCGGCGCCUGUCAGCAGAGGGGCCCGUGGGCAGUGGGAAGGAGUUGCUGGACUGGGAAGGCCGUGGGGGUGCCCGCCAUGCCCAGCUGGGGAACCCCUGCUGCUCCCCCACCCUGGUGCGCAAGAAGGCCAUCCGUAGCAAGGUGAUCCGCUCGGGGGCCUACCGCGGCUGCACCUACGAGACCCAGCUGCAGCUGUCGGCCCGGGAGGCCUUUCCUGCUGCAUGGGAGGCGUGGCCCCGGGGUCCCAGUGGCCCCCCGUGCCUGGUGGAGAGUGAAGGCAGCCUGACCGAGAACACGUGGGCCUUUGCUGGCAUCUCCAGGCCCAGCGCCCUGGCCCUGCUGCGGAGAGACGUGCUCGGGGCCUUCCUGCUGUGGCCGGAGCCGGGGGCCAGCGGCCAGUGGUGCCUGUCGGUGCGGACGCAGUGCGGCGUGGUGCCCCACCAAGUCUUCCGGAACCACCUGGGCCGCUACUUCGUGGAGCACCUGCCAACCGCGUUCCCCAGCCUGGAGGCCCUGGUGGAGCACCACGCUGGGACCGAGCGCAGCCUCUUCUGCUCGCUCGACAUGGGCCGCCUGAACCCCGGCUACGAGGAGCAGGACUGUGGGCCCGAGGGCAGGCCGCCCCGGACACUCCGGCCCCUGGGCCAUGCCAAGUCCGAGGCAGAACUGCAGGGCCUGGGCUAGGAAGCCUGGCCGCACCCCCAGGCCCUCCCUCACCCUGGCCCCUGGGCCUCAGCAGGCCACUCUGCCCUUCUUCCACCCCACUGGUCAGUCACUCUGCCCCUUGGCCCAGUGUUCCGUCCCCUCACUGACUGUGUGGCGGACCCUGAGACUGAGGAUUGCCAAUGGCUCCUCACAUGACAUGUGGCCCCGGGAGAUUGCAGGAGGGGUAGGCAGAUCUCCAGGCCUCGGUGAACUUGCUGGUGCCUCUGGAUG